AUGACAGAUGUUGCAUCCGCAUUGGAAUACCUUCAUCAUGAUCGUGGUCCGAAUCAUGUUGUCCAUUGUGAUGUGAAGCCAGGCAACAUACUACUUGAUGAUGAUAUGGUUGCACAUGUUGCUGAUUUUGGCAUUGCAAGACUCUUUGGUGAAGGAGAUUCUAUGACCCAAACCAUGACCCUUGCCACAAUUGGAGAUGUGUAUAGUUUCGGUAUUGUACUAAUGGAGACGUUCACAAGAAGGAAGCCAACUGGUGAAAUGUUUGUUGGGGAGAUGAAUUUAAAGCAAUGGAUUGCAAAUUCAUUACUUCCAGAUGCUGCAAUUGUUGAAGUUGUUGAUGCCGAUUUUUUGGGGGCAGAGGAACAUGGAAGGUUGAAUAUAAUGAUAGAUGUUGCGUCAGCAUUGGAAUACCUUCAUCAUGGUCAUGGUUAUUCAGAGCAAGUUGUCCACUGUGAUGGGAAGCCAAACAAUAUACUACUAGAUGAUGAUAUGGUUGCACAUGUUGCUGAUUUUGGCAUUGCAAGACUCUUAGGUGGGGGAGAUUCUAUGACCCAAAUCAUGACCCUAGCCACAAUUGGGUAUAUGGCUCCAGGGGGGGAUUUAAUACGGGAAAGUGGAAUACCAUAUACAAUUGUGAGGCCUUGUGCAUUAACUGAGGAGCCUGCCGGAGUAGAUCUCAUUUUUGACCAAGGAGACAAUAUAACGGGUAAGAUAUCAAGAGAGGAGGUUGUUCAGAUUUGUGUUGCUGCGUUGGAAAGCCCCUAUGCAUCUGGCAAGACAUUUGAGGUUAAAAGUGUUGUGCCAUUUAGUGACCGUCAAAAUCCAACCCCCGAGAAGGACUACAAUGUUUACUUUAAAACUUUGAAAGAUGGAAUUACAGGAAAGGAAAUCCUCGAACAAGAUCCUGUACCAGUGUAAUGUUUUGCAUACAUAGAGCUCUAAUUUCAACCUUAACUCUGUAAGUAUAAUGGAGCUUAAUAUACUUCCAUUUUCAUCUGAGAUAAUUCUCUCAGCAAUGAGUCAAUGACUAAUGAGAAGAAAAUCUGUCAACA